AUGUCUCAGAUUGCGAUUCCUAAUGCGAUGGAGCCCCGCGGCUGCUCCAAGCGUUCUCCGCCAGCCGUCUCAGUCUUAUCUCUAGCAUUUCUAGCGUCGCUGAAUGUUGCUGCUGCAAUCCCAUACACGCCCUCGACGAUAUGCGUCUCCUCGUUGCACAAUGACUCGAUCGCAUACCUCCUCCGGCCCAGUGGCUCCGGCAGCACCGAAUUCCUCUCCCUGAAUAUCUCGAGCAUUGAUACCGGAAAGACAUCCUUUGACACUCUACUCCAAGAGACUCCCUUCCAUUAUACGAAUCAAUCGUCCACCUUCAUUCCCACGGUCGAUGAUCAUGGUGUCAUUACUGUUUACGCGGGAGAUUGCCACGGCACGCUCUCCCAAUCAGUAUGGCAGUUCCAACCCGACAACAGCAGCUCAACUGGCAAUGGGACCUGGAACCAGCUCUCGGUCAAUCCAGGGAAAGGGCUCGUACAGCCCAACUACCUAGCGGCUGGCUUUAGCUUCACCUCCGCCGACUCAACCGACACCUCCAUCUAUUCUUUUGGGGGUAUGUGUCCGUUCGCCAACAGUACCGAUGAGACAUGGGUUUCUGCUGCCAAUUAUUCGCAAAACAUGAUCGCGCUCAAGCUUUCCGAUGGAGGCAGCCUCGAUGCAAGCAUUACCGGAUCUCGCGCACCUCCUGUGCCCGAGGCAGGGAUGGCCGUUGUGCCAUUGUCGCCCACCUCGUCACGGACCGAGAAGCAACAAGACUUCCUUUUGAUCGGCGGACAUACCCAGCACGCUUUUCUUAAUAUGUCGCAAUUGGCUAUAUUCUCGGUCCCUCAAGAAAGCUGGAGCUUCGUCAAGGUCAAUUCCGCGCCCUCGGCGAGAACCGAAUUAGCGAUUAGGGAUGGAUACAGUGUCGAGCCUCGAUCCGGUCACGCAGCUGUGUUGUCGGAAGAUGGAACGAAAGUCUUUGUCAUCGGUGGCUGGGUGGGAGAUACUUCUGUGCCGGCUGAUCCCCAACUCGCAGUGCUUGAGCUAGGCGAAAAUUAUGGAGGCACUGGAGAAUGGACUUGGAACUCACCAUCGUCGUCAUUAGCUUCGGAGGCUGGCAUCGCAGCAGGAACCGGUAUCUUUGGCCACUCCGCAGCUAUGCUCCCAGGAGGCGUUUUGAUGAUUGCUGGGGGGUAUAGUAUUCCAAAGAAGUCGUCAAAACGGGCUACAUCGUCUGUGGAGCGCAACCCUCAUGUUUAUCUGUAUAACUCCACAUCAGGCGCCUGGGUCACAUCUUACACGAACCCAGUCGCUAAGCCACACAGUGCUUCCCCAGCGCAUACCGGCGAUAAACUCAACAAAGGGCAAAAGAUCGGAUUAGGAGUUGGCUUGAGCCUUGGGCUCCUCGUCGCGUUCGUUAUUCUAGCGUUUGUAUUGCGAUAUCACCAGAAACGCCGGGUGAAAGGGAAGCGAGAUUCACAACUGCGCGAGCUUGCGCUCGGAGCCGAGCGCGCACACUUCUGGGGCCAUGAUGAACCGUACCAAGCAAGCAGCAUCCGAAGCUCUCAAAUGAGUGAAAAAACCGAUCCUGCCAGAGGCUAUGCCUGGGCGACAAAUCGCAACGGCACAACACACCCUUGGAAAGACCAAGGCGAUGGAACUGAGCGAACAGGAUUGCUUGCUGAGUCGCCGAGUCCAAAGAAAAGCCCUCAGAAUACCCGUCCCACCAGCAGAGCCUGGUCAUAUCGCCCGUCGGGAAUUAACGAUUACCGGCGAAGUGAACUCACAAGUGAAAUUCAUCCAAUAGAUGAACGUGAAGAGGACGAAGCUAUUUUCCGUGAGCGCUUGAUGGCAACCAUCCCUAAAGAUGAAAGACCCCACGUGCACGACGAAAAUGGUCCGUUUUCUGAUACUACAUUCGCAACUCCCCGGAGCACCAUCUUUGGGGUUGGCCUAGGUCCUUUUUACACCCGUAGGAAGGGCAUGGGCUCCGUUGACGAAGAUGGACGGUCAACUCCCACGAAAAGUGAACGCACCUCCACGGGUCUGUCUGAGGGAUCGAACUUUUCCUUCUCCUCCGGACUAACCGGGCAAGUACAGCAGGCACGGGCCGUUUAUGUUAAUCGGCCUCUUAGCUGGUCAAGCAGCGGCGGGCGUUCUGUCGACCAUGUUGCAGCCGCAUCAAUCCACAGCAGGGACACAACCCACAGUGAAGGCGAUGGGAUGAUAGCACCCUCGGAGAAGUCAUACUCCGGAGAUUCCUACUCAACGGCCCAGACAACCAUGCUCGACCGUCAGGCAGAAAACACCUCGCUCAUGCUUGAUAAUGACCUCAACCCCUCUCAUGAAACAUCGCCAUCGAAGCUUCCACCUUCCUCAAAACCACGAACCUCUGGCGUUUUCGAGACUGUCCGCCGGGCUCUUACUCUCACUCGACGCGACUACACAGUUCCACCAGAUCUUGAUGAUUCUGGCGUUGCUUCUGGUAUUGACCGUCGAAGCACGGUGGUUGGGUUGGGGCUCAGUGGAAUCAACAGCGGUGCCAGCACUCCUCGCCGAGCCGUUAGUGCUUCUGCUGAAUUGUUUCGACGGAAACAAAGCGCAAAAAACUGGAAUGCGAAGAAACGCGAGUCAGACAAUGGCUUUGUGACCGCGAGAUCCACGCGCGAUGACCUCUUCAUCGGUGCACCCGGCUACCUGGGCGAUGACGAGACCAUGGACGACGAGUGGGAUGGUGACGGCGUCGAGAACCGCAAUGUGCAGAUGGCCUACCUGGCUCCGCGUGAAAGGCUGCGAGUCGUCAAUUCCACAGCCGGAGACAUGGACAAUAUCUCUCAGCGCUCCACGAGUCGUGGUCUCAGUGGCUCUAACACUCCCCGCAGAGUCAGCAACUAG